UCAGCUUACUCUAUCUACUCGAUUGCGCGUCGCCCCUCUGAUCUUUUGAGCUCGAUCACGUAUCGUGCCACAGUAUCUAGUGCUGAAAGUCACCAACAUAGAGGAACGAUUGCUUUGUUAUAUUUCAAGUAUGUACCGUCGCACGAUACGUGA